AUGGUUAGGGUCCACUACAAAGGAAAACUUUCUCUCGUAGUGCGAUAUUCGAAGUUUCUUAAUGGUGGUCUUGUCGAAGGAAACUCAAGGGGUCAACCGAUAGGUUUUUUGGUUUAUCGGAUAAUGGAUCGCAUGGGACGCCAUUAUCGAUCCGGAUACGGUUUUGGAGCAUUAUCCAAAGCACGAGUACAGAAGGUUGUGCGGGUUCCGAUAGACGUGCAUGAGUGGCUAAAGUACCAACCAACAAUCUUAGGUAGCCAUUGGAGAGAUCAAGAUCGAGGAAUAAGUGUGCUCGAUAUCUUGAGAAAUAUAAAUGGAAGUUGUGCAUGCAUUCAGAAGCAAUAGUGUUGAGACUUAGGUGAGUUAAUAUAUUUUUCUUAAAGUUGGUGACAUUAAAAUAAUAAAUGAGUGGUGGUUAUGUUCGUAGAC